UAAACUGCAGAACGGAAUUUAGUCAUUUGUGGCCAAGCCAACCCGAUACCCGAUCACUCCACUCGGACCUGCGAGUCGCCGGCAUGUCCCCUGUCGCGCGCGGGAAAUCUCUCUCUCUCUCUCUCUCUCUCUCUCUGAAUGCUAAGAAUCUCCGCUCUCCGAUUGGCGGGUCGUAAUCCGAUCAAAUCUCCAUCUCCUUUGGUUGGCUUCCACGCUCAAGGAUCGAAAGGCGUUUCAUUUUCUUGCUGCUCCCGAGGGCCUCCCAUGGCGCCGGCCUCAAAGACGGUGGUUGAGUACGCGAAGUCCGGCCGCUCCUCAUGCAAGAAGUGCUCGAAGGCAAUUUCGAAGGAUGCCGUGAGGGUCGGGGCGGUAAGCAGAGACUCGCGAGGCUUCGACAUGACGAAAUGGCACCACCUGGGCUGCUUCCCUUUCAGCUCGCUGAGCUCAGCGGAGGGGAUUAAUGGCUUCUCUAGCCUGAAGAGGGAUGAUCAGGAUGCUGUAGAGAAGUUGAUUGCAGCCCAUGAAGUUGUUCCAGAAGCGGAUGCCAAUGGAAAAGAAGGCGACGAGACUGAAGAAGAGGCAAAGGUUAGUGAAAAGGAUGAUGGUGGAAAGGAUGAAACCCUGGAAAAAGAUUUUAAGAAAAGAAAGCUGUCUUUGUCUAAGGAGGAAGCUAGGUUGGACUUUUUACUCUCAGUUUCUGAUAUCAAGGAUACUUACAAGGAUGCGAAACUGUCUCCGAAGUGGAAAGCUUUUCAGACGAUUAUAUUCCUUGAACGGGAUGAGGGCCUUCAUGACUCAAGUAAAAUCGCUGCCUUUGACUUUGAUGGUUGUCUGGUGAAUACUUCUGUCAAGAGAAUAGGUGCAGAUGCCUGGUCCCUCAUGUAUCCUUCCAUCCCAGAGAAGCUGCAGAGAUUGUACAGUGAUGGCUACAAACUGGUGAUCUUUACAAAUGAAUCUAAUAUCGAGCGCUGGAAAAAUAAGAGACAGGUGGCUGUGGACUCGAAACUAGGAAGACUAAACAAUUUUAUCAAGGAAGUGAAUGUCCCAAUUCAGGUGUUUAUAGCUUGUGGUUUAGGCAAAUCCACCAAUGGAGAAGAAGACCCCUUGCGGAAACCGAAACCAGGAAUGUGGAACAUUAUGGAAAAGCACUUCAACUCUGGGAUUUCCAUUGACAUGGAUCAAUCAUUUUAUGUCGGGGAUGCUGCUGGUAGAAAAAACGACCAUAGUGAUGCCGAUAUAAAAUUUGCUCAGGCGGUUGGGAUAAAAUUCUACGUGCCCGAGGAAUAUUUCAAGGGAUGAAGAGAUAUAUGAGUAUCAAUGGUGUGGUGUGGAUUUGUUCCCACUGGAAUUAGUGUAAAUUUUUCGAAAUAGAUGAUAUAUGAUCUCUAGUCUGUGAUGCUGAAUUUUCUUCCUGAUGUUCCUCCGUGGACAAGAAUCUGUCGGGUUUUUCCCGUUCUUAUGUCAAGCAUGGGAUUUGACGUAACUCAUGUCGUGUUUGGUACGAGAAAAUACAAAGACAAUGGAACAUGGUUCCGAUGCAGAAUGGUC